GGCAGACGACUCUUGCAUAUUUUGGUUGUUUUGAUGAGGAGUGUUGAUUACCCUUGCAUGUAACAGAAACUCUUAAAAAAAGGGAAAUUGUUCCCGUUGAAUCUCAUUUCCUCGACAUGGUGGAAAAAUCUAAACCUCCAGCAGCGGCAGCGAAACAAGAAACUCUCCCGAAACGAGCAGGUGGGAACCUUCUUCAUUACUAUUUUAUGGUAGAGGCCAAUUUUCCUAUCUUCAUUCCGAUAAAUGAUUUAUCAUUUUUAUUAUAUACCCGGUGAUUCUGAUAUGUUGUGUCUGUACGACCUCAUAUUGUGCUUUUCGUGUCAUCUUAACGAGCUUAUACUCAUGCACUCUGCCCUUUUUAUUCAACCGCCUCAAAUUUAAAAGAAUUAGGGGGAUCAACAGCAGCUGCUAAGGAAACGUUAACACUAGUUCGUUAUUAAAAUUUUUAGUCUUAGAAGAAAGUGUUUUCUUGUAAAACGAGUAUGGGAGUCUUUAUAUUUUCAUUGUAGCUGUAUAAAGUUUAAAAAUCUACUGCAAUAAAUCAAGCAAAAGCAUUGUUCUUUUUCGAUAGCGUACGAAGGAUCUUCAAAUUGAGAAUUAAUACUGCAAAUGACUGGUUUUAAUUUGGUGAACGAGGCUAACGUUUCGACAACUUGUGCGGAAGUCAUCAUUAGAGUCAAGAAUUUUUUCGUUUGAACCUUUUCCAAAACUGGAAGAGCAUGAGAUUAUUGAAGUGGUACAUUCAAGUGGCGUUAAAAAUUAAUGUGAUGCUCCCUCCAAAAAGAAAACCGGGUGAAGGUUUAAAGAUAAAGAUUAAUCUGGAUAUAUAAUUAAAAAUUGUUUACUAAAGUGAAUGGUGCUGCGUCGAUGGGAGAGUAUAACAGGGUAAUUUGGUAUUAUCAAAUGAGUUGAUAAUACUGAAUUACUGUGCCAGGAAAGUAAAUAUUGGUGAAUUAUUGUUUUAGUAUAUAUCACAUAAAUACCAAAAACUUCUGUUUAUUUCAAUAUACCAAGAAAUGGUUGUACAUUGGCAUGUGAUUUUGUCUCAUUGGCUGCUUGUAGGUGAAUAAUGCUUGCUAGCCAAUCAGCACAUGCAAAAAGCACUAUUCAGUUUUUUGGUUUAUACUUAUGGAUCUUUUAUUUAAGGGACAAUUGAUCACCUUAUAGCAAACUUUUGAUACAGGUAUACUGAAGAAGUCAAGCACAUCUCUGGAACCAGUUCCUGAAUUUGCAGAGUCUUCAAUUCAAAGAGCAGAUUCUAAUUUAGAUAUGGUCGAAAGUGAGGUGAGGGUUUUAAAAUUUGGUGUAAUCUUAAGUGUCUUCAAUGUAUGUUGACAUUUGGUUUAAUAAACAUAUCUCUGAAUUUAUAGGAGGUGCUUAAUUGAGAAUAACUUUUUGUUGGUUAAAUAUUGUAGGGAUCUGUAGGAAGUUGGACAUCUCAAAUAGUGCCUGAGACUUCGACCUUGCAAUGUGGAGCACUUAGGUCGAUCAGUUUGCGAAUUAUAGCUUCCAUCAUGUGCCUCACACGCCGGCAAUGGAAGAAGUUCAAGGAUCUUAAAAAGCAACUUGUCACAUUAUUCUUAACUGACUGAUGAAAUGAUAUGUACCUCUCACUUCCCAGGCAAAAUUUCUGUAAUUUCAAUUUAUCAAGAUCUUAAUCUGUGAUCUGGUUCGUGAUCAGAGCCAUGAUCCAAUCUGUGAUUCGAUCUGUGAUCUGAUCACAGAUUAGAUCAUGGCUAGUUCAUUUUAGUUCAUUUUAGUUCAUUUUAGUCCAUUUUAGUUCAUUUUAGUUCAUUUUAGUUCAUUUUAGUUCAUUUUAGUUCAUUUUAGUUCAUUUGAGGUCGUUCCUUGUUUCAGUAAUUAGGAGUUAAGGGAUUGGUAAAAUAUCACAACAAUUAAUUUUUUUGUAAAGGAAAUCAGGAUCAGUUCAAAUUGUUGUUGAGAUCUACAAGGCUCAUUUACAUGUACAGUAUAUUUAAAAACUUAAGAUAUUGUAUCACUGAAUUUUCUUAUAUGUAUCUAACAGAGAACAUCAACACCACAUGAAGAACAACAGAAAUUCAAAGCUCUUUGUGAAGGAGUGCAAAACUGCCUGGCAUUAUUUCAGACUUCCCUUUCAGAGGUCAGUAAUUUUAAAUAAAAAUUGGUAAAUAUGGAUACAUGUCAUCAGGAAUAGCAGUGUGGCAGUAAUAUGCAACAAUUAAGCUCUUUUGCCUUCAUUAAUGAUUAAUUGUUUAUGGUCUUAAGUGGAAUUUGGAUAAUGUUUGUAUAGAACAUAUGAUAUUGCACAAAUUUACGUUCUUUUCCAACCUUUUUUUUUUUUUUUCUUCAAAAAGUCAACUUGAAAAUUUUAAUUCUGGCAACCAUUUUAUGAUUUUAGGUUGCCAAGUGGUAACUUUGAAAAAGUUGAACUUAUUUAGAACUUAUGUUUAGUCAGUAAAAUUAUAAAUACAAGUCAUGUAGAAUUCAUAAUUCAGCUAUGAUCUAUGUUUUGGUUGACUUCUGAUGAUGCUCUUUUCUUGUUUCUCUUUAUCAGUUACUUGCAAUAAAAGAUGAGCUUUUAAAGGUAAUGAAGAUAAAAGACUAGACAUCCAUUAGAUAUUAUGCAAUAAUAAACUGAAUUGCACAUACUUACACAGUGAAUAGCGUUGAAAGUGCACACUCUGAUUGUGGCUACUCAAACUCCAAAUAUCCUUCGUUAAUUUCCCCUCUGAGCAACUCAAACUGUAUUUGUGCCCAAAAACAUUAUGAUUGCUGAAGGAAUGAAUGAGUGAAAAUUUCAUCUUUUUGUGCUACAUGCACACUGUACAUUAUUUUACCAUUUUAACUUGUUAUUAAUGCAAAUUAAAGAACAACUAUUUACCUAAAAAGUUAGUAGCUAAAAGAGGAUAUACCACUAGCCACCUCUGCUUUGUUUAAAUAAACAACCUGUUGAUGUUGGUUCUUAUGUACAUGCAUGAUCUAUUGGAGGACAGAUGGAUAUAGUUGACAUCAACACUAAAAAUUUUUGAUCUACACUGUACCAGUGAACAGAAGCAAGGCAAUGUGGUCUAUCUGUUCAUUAAAUUACUAAAUAUCCCAUAGUUCAUUUUUACCUAUAGCACUAACACAGUGCGAACUCCUCUUAAAAGUUCUCAAGGUUUUUUUUUGUUUGAUUUUCAGCAUGCAUUGCCACCCAGUUUACUCUUAAAGGUUGCGCUGGUCACUGGAAAAUUGUUCAGAAGGUAUAGUGUAUAUGUAACUAAUUUGCAGUUUAAUACCAGUAUUUUAAACUUAUAAAUAGAACUGAUACAAGCUGGUUAAAGGAAGUUACUCUUUAUUUAUUCAGUUUUCUUGUACAUAAUAAUGAUAUGAAAUUUGAUUACAGAAAAGUGAAAAACUAACAAUCUUGUUCCCAGAGAUGUUAAAUUAUGAUAAUUUUCCAAACAUAUUAGACAGCAUUUUAUGAGCUUGAUCAACUUAUUUGACUGACCUGGUAGUUUAUGAUUUUAUGCAAAUUGAUAAGGAUCUAUUUUCUUGUUCAACUUCACCUUUUUUGGCUUUUUUUUUGUUAAAUACAUUGAUAUUAUUUUUUAUUUUUCUUGGAAACUCUUGCGAUUCUCUCAACCAAUCAGAUACAAACCUUAAACCAGAUACAUCAAUCAUGGUCACUCUUAUUUUCCCAUGGUACAUGCAGUGUCAGGCAGUAGCUUGUUUUUAGUUCCAUUCUCAUUUUUACUUUGUUGUGAUUGGCUGUUGUGAUCAUUUAACUUUCAUAUGAACUUCUAAAUGGGCGUCACUCACCACAGAGUCUCUGUGGCUCAAUGGCAGAGCACCAGAGUGCAGAAUGCAGAAAGGUCUGAGGUCGAUUCCUCAUGGGGACUCAGAAUAUUUUUUCUUUGUCCCAUGGAAAAGACUGAAAACAUCUUUCUCUAUUUCUUUACCCAGCCCAAAACUUACCACCCCUCUUACACUAUUUAACUUUUUUUUUGGUUUCAUGAAGGUCAAUUAAAGGUCACUUUUAAACCCUUUGACCCCUGAGGGUGACUACAAUGUAAUUUAUCAUAAAGGAAUCAUGCUGAAUUGAACAUUAGGCUCAUGAGUAUUUUAAAAAAAAGUUUUAACAAACUUGAAAAGCUCUUGAUUUUUAAAUAAAUUCUCCCGUAAAUACCAUAGGAAAUGUACAAAGAACAGUAUGGAGAAUAUACAUGCUGAUGCUAGGAUGGAAGAGGUUAAAGCAAAGUUGAUAAUUUAUUUUUGACACUUGAAAGAAAGAGAGGAAUUGAGGCUAAUGCUCAAAAUUAUUUUGUUAGCUCAUCAGAUCUCAGUGUGCCAAUCACUGAGUUGGUGAGGAUGGUCAAGUUAUACUCUACACCAUGGGAAACCAAGAGUGCUGCAUUAAAGAAAUUGCAUGAGGAUUAUGAAAAGUUAGUACUUUAGUCAUGACAAACACAAUCAUUUGUUGAGCAGUUAAAUUGUGUAAGGCUGUGCAAUGUCUCUUAACCCUUUAACUCCCAUAAGUGACCAAAAGAGAAUUUCUCCCUGAUGAAAACAAAGAAAAAUAUCAAUUAUCACGUUACUAAAUGAUCGGAUAGCAAAUUCUCCAAACUAACUUGAUGAGAAUCAUUUGGCAGAUGGUAAGGAGAAUUACUAAUGAGAUCUUGGGAGUUAAAGGGUUAACUUCAUGCUGAACAUGAUACUAAAAACAGUCACAGCUGUUAUCUUAGUCUGUUAGACUUGUUCCCAGUCAAUUGGUGUGGGUUAAUGGUGCUCAAAUCAUGUGCCAUGUGAAUUUAUUAAUUCACUCUGAAUAAAACUCUUACUGAGAACUUUGAAGAUCCUCUCUGUGAUGCAGAACAUUGAUACAGCAGUAGUCAACUGAAAUAUCAUGCCUUGUGUUUCAAGAACAUUUAUGUAAGAAAUGCAACAGGAAAGUCACUUUUAAUCAUAUUAGGGAGAAAGCCGAAGUUUUUUAAGGAUCAAGAGACUAGCACAUAAAAGUGGGAUAUUUCCUUUGGGGUGUGAUUUUGAGACAGAAAUCGUUUUGUGAGGGUGGAGGAUUAAUGGCCAUGGAUAUCAGCUGCAAUAAUACAAAAUGCAGAAUACUAAUUUUAGGUUGUGUUCCCUAAUACCAAACAGGUUGGCAUGGCAGGUCAGAAUGCUUAAACUAAACCAUGCAGUUUUAGGAAAUAAUCAUUAGGUUAUCAAGAGAAGGAUGCAUAUAAAGUGAGAAUUAAAUUUAAAGGGUUAAGAUUGGGAUUUAAAUCUAACUGGUUAUGUCUUUGCUUGAAUUUACAGCAAGCAAAGGCAGUUAAAUGUGGCCCUACAAAAACUAGUCCUGGUUGGAAUUCAGGUUAGUAUUAAGCUUCAUGUAGCCACAUGUGAUGUGUCAAGUAGAGAAUUAAAGCAAAUUUAAUUAAAUUAGAUUUGGAUGUUGUGCCCUAGAAAACUGUCUAAAAUGUUUUGGAUUUGAAUUUUCUGCAGCUUGAAAUAUUGUAUUCUUAAAACUUUUUCCUAUAGAAUUCCUUAAUUUAUAUUCACAGUAAUUCAGAAUAUCUUGAUAGACAUAAAUGGUACCUUAAAUAGUAUGCACUUCCUAUUUAGGAGUCUUCAAAUAACUAACAUUUUGGACUAUUUAUACUUGUCUUUUAUCAAUUUUUAUUGAAUUCUUUCUUGUGGAUGCAGAAAUUUAAUCUUAAAGCCCAAAAGAGGAAGUUGCACCUCUAACUGGGACUAUUUAUACUUGUCUUUAAUCAAUUUUUAUUAAAUUCUUUCUUGUGGAUGCCAUUACUAAUCAGAGCAGGUUCUAACUGGGAGAAUAAGAUGAUUAAACAUCUACACCUAAUGAAUAGUUAAACCUCAUAAUUUUUCCUUGCACGUACGGGGCUUGGAAAAAAUACUACUUAACUCUGGGGGUGUGUCUAUGUCAGCAACUUUUCCCCAAUAGUAAAUCAAGAUGCCACAAAAAAAGUGCUGUCACGCUUUAUUUUAGCAUGAAACGGAGAAUUCUGACAUGACCUUUCCUCACUUUCGACAUAAGUAUACAUCCUCUGAACAAGUACAUGUAUUCGAUUUUCCUUUCAUUUAGACCUCAAAGGCGCACGGGUAUCGCUGGAAGUUUCUCAUUGAGUCUUUCAAAGAAAAAGUGAAGACAGGGUAAGACGAAUUGUUAUAUUGUUGAUUAGGAGACAGAGGUUUGCAUGCUUAGUUGUUAUUGAUUUUUAAACUAGCAUGUAAGUGAACCAAAUGAAAGUCUCCACUAGGAGUUUCAUUUUUUAGUAGGUACACAUACAUGGACAUUUAUCAGUUUAAACAUUGUACUGAGAUCUAACGUACAAUUGUGAGAGUGGGUAAAAACAAAGGGUGAAGGCGGAGAAAGCAGCUGGUAUUGAUAAGGCUUUUGAUCCUAGUUACAGUUGAUGAACGUCUGUUUGCUUUUUGCAGGGAGGUUUAUGCAGGUGGUAUAAGUACAGAUGAAGAAACUGGUAGGACACUGUUUAUAAAUCCACGUUCCAUGACUCAUCAGUGCUUAUAAAUAGAAUCGUAAAACUCGGAUAACACGCUAUUACGUGCCGUCUACGCCCUGAUAUCAGUAUGCAUUUUCUCCAUAUUUUUUACUACACAUUUCCUAAGGUGCUGACAAGGAGAGUUUGUUAAACAGUUAACAAUUAAGAGCUUCUUUAGUCGGUGAUCAUUUCCUUAAUUCUCAUGACCUUAAUGUGGGAUUCAGGGAUGAUAUCAUGAGGUGGAAUUAGAUGCUAGUCACUCUUUGGGGUCAAAAGGGUAUUAAUCAUGCAUUGACCAACCGUUUAUUUGGAACAUCUAUCCUUAGUGCAAUGACGAGAAGAAAUAUUUUUAAUAUCGAACAUUUGAUGCUACCUAGCAUACAAGCAAUAUUAGCCACUGUAUACCAAACAUAUACAGCUCAAAAUCAAAUGAUUGUACAGUACGUGGUACAUGUCCAGGUGUAGGUAUAAUUAAAGUUUCAUUUUUAUUUUAUUGUGCUGUAGAACCCCGGGUUUCUACCGUAGUUCCAAUUGAUAACAGUUUUGUAAGUCCCGAAUCAGCUGCCCUGACAUAAGUAUUAAAGUUAUCGAACAGCACUUGUGAAUUUAUUUGUUUAAACAGAACGCGAAAAAAAGAAGAACGAGCGUGAGUUGGAAUCUAUAAGAAGGAGAAGCAUGAACAAAGACACUGCUGCUAAGAGAAUUAUGAGAGAGUCUUUGGAAGGAACAGGCAGUGAUAAACCGGUGAUUCUUUUAUAAUUGCCUUUUCUUUUAUCUAGAACCCUGCUCAAACGCCAGUUUAGAUGCGGAAAACACGAGGAGAUCAAAUUAUCUGGAUAUUAUUGUAUUGAUGUAUAAUCUGUUCUCAUAGAGCGCUUUUCGAUGGAGUGUCAUAACCGAAACCAAAGUUAUCUCAACAGCCAAUCAGGAGAUAGGAAGAUAAAGUAAAAAACCAACCAAAAUGCUUAAAGCGCGAGAAAACCCGGGCGACCAAGUCGUGAUUGGUUUUAGUUUGGCAUCUGAUUAAUAUUAUUAGUAUUAGGACCGAGUGGAGUCCAAUUCGGUUUGUAAUCAUACGAGUGAUUAAUGAACUCGAACGACCGUGAAGCGGGAGUCCGAUUUGUCAAUCACGAGCUUUUGGACGACACAAAGGUCUGUUACCAAUUUAUCAUAACCGUUACAAUUUCCGAAAAAAAUAAAUACAUUUAUGACAAAUGAUUGCAAUAGAGACAAUGUCUAAGUAAAAAAUUCCUCAACUUUGGAUAUUCCACAGUUUUUUUUCUUAGGAUAAGUGGUUGUUUUUUUGUGAUUAAUUCUGUGAUUGGUGAAUUUGGUUGAAAGGACCAAGUAUGGUUGGUCGCUUCAACUGUCUGAUUACGGGUGUCCGAUUUCAACUGUUCAGAUUCAUUAGUAAAAAAUAAAGCAGCUAAUGCACCAAUCACAUCUAAGGAAAUUGUGAUGGUUAUGAUAAGUUGAGAAACUGGCGCGAAUUUCUGACCAAUCCCAGAGAGACGUAAAGCAAAACCAAAGCAAUCCCGGAUUUAUUUUGACACCUUCGAAUAUUGCUCUAUAUGAUAAUAGAAAAACAUUUAGUUCAGAGGCUGUUAUCCUGUUGUAACUAAAAAAUUUUGUGAGUUAGUGAACAUGAAAAUGUUUAUUAGCUUGACGGAGAUUUUCUAAUCAACUCUCGUUUCUUGUCGUAGCCUCAUACAGCUUUGGGUAGAGACAAUGAUGUCAUUUCAGACGACGAGAACCUCAGCGAUCCGGAACUAAAAACCAUUUCACCUACAAGUCCGAGUCCUGAGAGGCGAGUGAACCGCAUAAGUCCUACAAGAAUCACCAUCACCCCUGACACAUCUACUGCUAAUCCGUAAGUGAACCUUUGCGUCCACACUAAGAGGGAAAUGAUAAACUUUGCAUCAGGAUACUUAUUUUCUUUUUCCUGUUUCAGGAAACCAGCAUCAGUGGAAACCAAGAUUGGUAAGUUUUGUAGGCAUUACUUGUGUUAUAAUCAAGAGCUACUUGCUUUGGCGAUCAUUUUCUUUUUUCUCGUGACCUAGAUGUUUGAAUUAGCUGUGAUACUGUAAAGAGAAAUUAAAUACUAGUCACUGUUUGUGGUGAAUGAGUCAACGAUUGAAGCUCUUUCCUAGCGCCUAUGCCUUAUAGCGGCGAUAUGACCUAUCAACAAACUUUCUCUAACCGGAAAUAAAUGUUCAGAGAACAAUAGCAUUCUGGGGGAUGCUGGGAUAUUUGCACUUAAAGUGUAAUGGUGUACAUUUUCACGUAAUGAAUAAACUCAGAGACAAACUCGAAGCGUUAUUCUGCAGAGUCCAAGAAAGUUCGGCCGCGUAUUAAGUUCUUUGGAGCAUCUGACGAUGAGGAUUCCGAGGAAGACGAAGGAAAGCAGUCCGCGGUGAAGUUUGCUGACGCACCCUCGAAAUCUAAACCAAAGACUACGUUUGCAGACACCCGAUCAUUUAAGGUUUGUUCCGCGGUAGUUGCAAUCCACUGAUAUUGUGCUGUUUUAUGGAAUUUGCAAAGUCGUCCGCCCUUCGUUAAUUCUGCCUUGCAAAAAUAUAAAGUAAGUUUAGACUUUUCGGGCCACUUAUUUAUUUGAGGUCUAAACCAAACCACGGUUUUACGGAAUCAAUGGGCCACAGGCUUUCUCUAUAAGAGGUUUGAUUUCAUGAAAUAAAUCUCCUUCCACUGUUAACUUUCGGCCCUCUUGAAGCUUUUUUUACCAAAAAUAAAUGUUCAGAUAAAAGGUUCAGCCAAAUUGAAGAUUGUUUAGGGCGCGGUUUUGUCAACUAACGGCCAAACUUUGUAUAAAUAAUAAGACCUUCAUGUUUCGAAUGUCCUGCUGCGCAGUUACCACAUAGGAAAUUAAACAAGGCAGAAACGUUCUUUAACAAAUAAAGUUAUAUCGCUGCAGACAGUGGUGUAAUGACUCAGGAUGGUUAGUCACUACAUCUCAAAUCUGUCAUACAUUUUUCUUUUCACACACACCAAACUCUGAUCCAUCUCUUAUUGUAAGAGAAAGGGAAAUAAGAUGAAAACGAGAGAUGAAAGACAAAGGUUAACGAGUUUAACUCCAAUGACAAGUAAAGAACACGGAAAAUUUAGGCUAAAAGUUUUUUUCUACGCAAGGACCCUGGUGCAUCGCCUUUAAAGUUUAGUUAUCUUGUUUUAAAGAUCACAUAAGCUAUUUCAAGAAUGUGUACAACAGAAUGCCUAACAAUCUGUUUUAAUUGUUUUUAGCAUGCUGGUGUAAGAUUUUUCCAAUCAGAUGAGGAGGAUGAAGACGAGGACGAAGAUAUCCAGGAAGAGCAAGCAAAAGCCCCCGUGUCAGUUCCUGUUGUGGUUAAGGUGGACAAAGGAUGUUGGACACAUGAACCUGAGUUCGAUAAGUAAGUUUAUUUUGAUGUGAAACGCUUGAAUACUUCUAUCGUAGACGUUCUUUGAGAUAUUUUGGCUCGCGCAUGAUUGGCCUAAACGUGUCGCGUAACCCAGCAUUCUCUCCAUUGUUAUGAUUCAUCAAAUAAUUGUAUGCUCGCGCGCGGUUGGUAUAAACGCAUUACAUGGCCGAAUAUUCCCCAGCUAAAACUGGGGAAAAUUUGAGGUUAUAACCUGAGAGACAUUACCCAGUUUUCAAACCUUACUGUCCAUCACGAGGAGUCUCCGUUGAAAAUUUAAUUCAAGGUGAGAGAGCGUUUUAUGGUUGUUACAGAAGAAGGGGAAUAGUUGUAUUUUCAUAAAGCCGCACCAGAGAACACUCAAAUGAAAACAUCCCACACCAUUAAAAGUAAGCUGUUAUUUAACAUUUUUCCACGUACGUUGCAAAAUAUUUAAAGAAUCAUAAUCACAAAACCCUCUAGUUUGCGCGAAAAUAUGCUCGUAUAUUUGUCCUUGGACAUUAUCCGUUCCCUUGAAGUUCACAGUUUUCCUCAAGAUUCACUUUCGGUAAACUGUUCGUAUCUCGGAAAUAUCCGCGUUUAUUCUCGCGCCAAAUAGAGGAUAUUGUUUAUAUAUGUGGUGAGAAUCUGUAGGUUAUGAUUUUCAUUGUGUCACUCAGCUAUAAUGUUUCACUUUUCUGUCCUUUAAGGUAUCUACAUCUGAGAAUAUACAAACCAGAUUGUAAGAAAGGUAAGCUCUAGGUUCUUUAUCAGUUGCGUUUUGUUGUGCAUGUCUAAGUCUGUGAAGUUGUGAUCAAAAAUGACAGUUCUGGUCCGCUAGCAACUUAAAGUUGGCUUUUACCGGCCAACCUAAAACAUGGUCAUCUACCAGACACAGUUUAGUUUUUGCAGGACAUUUCUGUGACCGACUUUGCACGUUGCUCAGUGUGUUCGAAAGUGGUUACCAAACAGCUCUUUGGGAAAAAACGGCAAAAAAAUACAUGUACCAUCUACGGUAACGCAGUUAUACUAACUUGUACACAGCAACAUGCGUCUCAUACGAAAACUCUGCUGCACGUGCACGCGGUAUCACUUAUGCUGCUUGCCAACUAGCUGUUCUAUGUAAAUAUCUCUGCGCGUGAGCGCGCUAAUAGUGGUUACGGUUGUCUUCUUGAAACACUGUGUCCUCGUCGACCUCCCAAACGUCGACCCUGCUGCGUUGAGAUUUACUACAACGGAAUACCUUUACACCUGGUUUGACGUUUAAUUUUGUGAUUUUCUUGUUUUCUCCUGGAAAGCUAAGACUUCAUUCUGUAGCGUAGCAUUCAGCGGACAGCUUCUUAAGACCGAAAUCUUUGAGGAGGAAGAAGAAGAAAUUUCCCAAGAAAUCCCUGCAGAACCGGUACCUCCGCCGCCUACAACGAAGGCAAAUUCAAAGAAAGUGUCACAAAUAACUAAGACGGACAGAGCAAAGACAGUCAGUGACAAAAAGGGCGGGAAAAUGAACGCUUCACGUGGUGCGAACAGUCGGGCCCCGUCUCCUCCUGCUUCACGGCCCGCAUCAGCAGAGAAGGAGAAAAAGCCUCGGUAUGAAUAUGAUUCUGAACUAAACGUGCUUCUGGAUUCCUGGUCUCGGUAUGAAGGCGUUACGAACUUCGAGUCAAUAAAACUGUUUUUAUUUUUACUUAAACAGUGAGUUUAAGGAACUGAUGUUUAAACUCCCCAACGAUGAUGGUUGUAUUCUUGGAGAACCUGUCAAGGACAUCACUCAGGAGCCGCUUCGAUUUGCCGUGCAUCCCGGAAAGGAUCGUCCAAUGAUUGCCAUGGCAACUACCACUUAUGGAGAUUUGAAGAUCCUGGUUAGUGAUGAAAAUGUUGGAAAUCUUUGUUUAUUUACACAAUAUGUGCCUUUCUGUUAAGGUUUUUUUUCCUAGAUAUAUUAUUCAUGUACAGCAGAUACUCGAAGAGUAGAAUGAAUCCAAAAUCUUGUUCUUCUGUUCACAACUUACAUUUGAUGUAAUUUUUCUUAAUUUUCGAUUGAAGAAAACCUUUUUAUCGUACCCAAAUUUGAAGGAUUUUGACAUAAGUAGGUUAUCUCAUCUAGUUAAAGGGCACAUGUCGGUGAAAUGCGUUGACGUCGUGAACGUUGAAUCGUAGGCGUGGCUGGUUGCUUUUAUUAAAAUAUCAUCAGACGGCGUUUAGAGACUAGACUAUACCACUCUCUCUCUCUCUCUACCUUCAAGACAGCUUGUACCGUAAUUUUAAAUGAAAAUGGAAACUGAAACCUCGAGCAAUGAAACUGACUUUGAAGUACUUUUACCUUAGUCAAUGAUUUAGAGAGUGCUCCAGCUUCACUUCAGCCAAACGCAAGAGAGUGAAAACCGUUGUCAGACAUUUAUCUUUUUAAAACGUCCUCGCUUAAUGGGUGUUAUUGAACCUGUUUACAGGAGCAGUUCGAGGGCCGUUGGUCGCACACAGACGGCAGUGUUAAACCAGAGCAAUUGGUUCUUACCUCUGUUGUAUCGGACCGUGAUAUGCCGUUCAACACUCCGUGUGGACAAAUAUCUAUGUUGUGUUACUUGGUAAGAAAGACUAACAGUCAGUUCCGUCAUUUCCGUGCUCGUUAGACAUUUUUCUUUUCGCUUUGUCUCAUCACAUAUUAGUAAUUGACAAUUUGACUUAAUGAUUACCGAAAUCUUUUGAGGCGGAUUGCUGCAAAUCAGAAACUUACCAAAAGCUCAUCCCGUCCCUUCCCCCCACCCAAAAAAAUAUAAUGAUAAUUAUAACAAUAGUACUACUACUACUACUACUACUACUACUACUACUACUACUACUACUACUACUACUACUACUACUACUGCUACUGCUACUGCUACUGCUACUGCUACUGCUACUGCUACUGCUACUGCUACUGCUACUGCUACUGCUACUGCUACUGCUACUGCUGCUGCUGCUGCUGCUGCUGCUGCUGCUGCUGCUGCUGCUGCUGCUGCUGCUGCUGCUGCUGCUGCUGCUGCUGCUGCUGCUGCUGCUGCUACUACUACUACUACUACUACUACUACUGCUACCGCUACUUCUUCUUCUUUUCUUCUUCUUCUUCUUCUUCUUCUAAUGAUGAUGAUAAUAAUAAUAAUAAUAAUAAUAAUAAUGCUAAUGGGGAUUAGGUAACCUACAAUCAACAAAAGUUACAUCAACAGCUUUUCAUCUAUUUGGCUUUUUUUAAAGUGAGCUUCAUGACCUUUUCUUUCGAUCAGUGUAGAUUUCAACUUUAUUUAUUGAGCUUUAGAUGACAUUACUUAACCUUUCGACACCUACUGGUUUUAUUUCUCUCAUUACAGUCUCAAGUUGAACGGUUAACAAAAGUUGGAAAGUCAACAGAAACAAUACCUUUCGAGGAGUGAGUAUGAACUGCUAGAACAUGUAUACAACCACUUUUGCCCCCUACAUGUCAGCAUUUAGAUUUUGAAUUGAGAAGUCAAAAUUAUUUUCGCUUACCACAACAACAACAACAACAACAACAACAACGACAAUGCAAACAAAAACAACAACCAAAAAACAAGAUGACGGUUUUCGAAGAGUCAGUCAUUGCAAAAACUACCGACUGGAAGUUUGAUUUAAGAUAAUCUACCUGUAUGAGAACGCUGAACUGACAUACUUCUUUCUAACUGACUUCGAAGUCUUUACGGCAAGUUAGGGACCCAGAUUUUUUCCUUCUGGCUUAGAGUAGCGCCGAGUGUAGAAAACGAGGAUCCUUAACUGUCGUAACGGGGACCGGAGAACUCGAGGCUGUUAAGAUAUUUAUUGUAUCUCUACUGUGUGUUUAAUGAGUUUGAAAAAAAGAUCGAGCUAUGCUAAAUAGCUUUAAUCAUUGAAAGAUAUUUUAAUAGCAAAUUGAGGUGACUCGAAAUUAUCGUCUAGUUGUUUGCAAGUGUUUUUGUUCACAAAAAAAUUAAUGUCGAUAGAAAAAAAGACAUCAAUCCAUAUUUGCCCAAGAAAAGAAAAAACAACUGGCAAUGAAUUCUUUGAGAUUUAGUGAUAGAAAUUUGGUAACCAAGGGAUACAGUAAAGCGUAUUUUAAUUCACAUAGUAACUAAUAACACCAUGUACCACGCAUUAUUAUAAGUAGAUUGUUUCAUUUUUAUAGCUUGGUGAAUGCAGAGAUAGAAUCACGCAAAUUGUGAGUAUUGGUCAGGCACACUGCUUUAAUUCGAGCAGUUUUCAGUUAAAUGCCUAAAGAAACAAAACCAAAGUAAUCACAAGUACGAAUCAGAACAAAAAAUAACGUCAUCAGUAGACAAUGAGAACUCAAAGAAAAAUAUUAAAAAAUAUAUUUAAGCUAAAUAAAGACAUAAUUUACUUUCUUACUUAUAUUUGGGCAGUUUUCUUGUCUGUAUGAACGAAGUUGAACAAUACCAGCAUUUACAGAGACAGCUAAAUACACUCUCGCGAUUCACUUUAUUUCACAUGAAGAACAUUUGUAAAGGGAACGACCAGAGUCCUUUUUUUGAUCAAUCAGUUAAUUGUAUGUUUCGAUUGAUUGAAUUUUCUUUAAGAUAUUUGUUCCUUUUAUGUUUAUUGAUGUGUUUAUUUUUUUGUAGGGAAGAAGAGGGAGAGGCCAUCUUGAAAGAGAAGGUUCCAGAAGUAAGAUAAACAACAAUCUAUUUUCAGAUUCUGUUUUGAUUUUGAAUUGAUUCAGUAGAUCGGUGCGAAUUUUUCCUGGAUAUUUUUGAGGAAAUACUAGUAAGUUCCCACAUCAGAAAAGUGGCCUUUCCGGUUUCCGUGAUAGCCUUUCAACACUUGAGGGUCUGUCUUUUCACUUUUUUUUACAAUUUUAUUUUUACCCUUUUUUCUUCGAGCAAAAAUUGUUUGUCAUCGUGGGUUGGCAAAAGCGAGGACUUAUGUGCUCUCGUUACAAAAAUCUUACCCCCUCACCGAGGGUAGUUUUGUACCCUCCCUUAGCGAAAAAAUGAGUGGAUUGUCCGACCUAUCACUUGACGUGAAGCAUCGAGUUGACAUUCAAGGAAUUUAUUCACUUUCAGACUCCAGAGGCCGUGUACACGGAGAGGGAUAUGACAGCCUUGAAAGAACAACACGCUGAGGAAAUACAGCUACUCCAAGAGGAGUACGAGUAAGUAAAGAGAUCAGGGAAAUAUUAACUUGUUCCUGUCCAAUGAAACGACUUACUCCCGCGACUCUGUGCGGUCGUCUAUGGCGGUAAGUUAGCGAAACUCGCUUUUCUUGUUCUGCGGACAGGAUCACGCUUAAGGUUACGGGAUGGUAAAUUCAAGAGACUCCAUCAUGGCCCUCUGCAACUAUUUCAUUUCCAAUAUCUGUGGGUUCAUUCCCACAGUUGUUCAUGCUGCAUUUCUUUGUUGAAUAUUCCUUAGAAUUUGUUGUUACAGGUGAACCUCCUCUAACGGCCAUAUCUACACAAAGGACACCUUAAGAUACCGUUACCCCGCCCGCACCCCUCCCCACCCACACAACGCCUGAGUGUAGCAAAAUUCGUGGUUGUUCGCUUAUGAUAGACAACAGUCGGAAGCUUUAUUCUUAUCCUCACUGCAUCUUCAAUACUUAAAGAACAACACAUUAGUUCCUAUUGCUCCUCUGCGUGUCAAUUUUGGGUUGCUGUAUUGUUAAUCAAUUUUUUUGUGUGUCAGGUAUUUUAAUUCUAUUGUACACAUUUCUCUUCAUAAAAAUGUUGCAGUGGUAGAAAAUAAAAUACUGAUACGAGUUGAUCGCUCAGGUUUCAUUGCUUGAGCUCCAGGCUGGUUUUUUUUUGUUGGGAAAAUGCCAUUCAUUCAAUUUUACCUUUGUCUCUUUAUAUCACUUUACUUCUUAGAACACCAUCUGUUUGUUCCCUCUUGUAUUCUAUCUUUUACUUUGUUUAAUUUUAUUUAGUAUAUCGAAAUAAUCUUGACCGAUUGAAUCUCGUCAAUUUUUAGAUAAUUAAUCAAUGUCUGUCAUUUUACGUUAUUUUCACAGGAAGAGGUUAAACGAGCUUGCCCGAGGACUGGGUCCGUAUUCACCUGAUAUGGAAUAUACUCACAAUGUUGUCGACGGUAAUUUGAAUUCUUCCCCUUUCUAAAACUCCUGUUCGUUCAAACCAAGUGGUGUAUUCUAAAUUUACUGGUAUAAGGGUGACCCGAAAGCUUUCUGUGGGCGUGCACCUAUUAUACUUGGGCGUAAACCUUCGCAAAAGCUCACAAUACUUAACAAAGUUCUCGGCCGGCAUACUUCAUGAUCGGGUACAAAGGGUCCGGAGAGCUUUUGGUAGGUAACGAAGAUUUCGAUCGAAAUUCCUCGUGAUCGGGAAGAAAGCGACGGAAAACCUUCGGGUAGUUUAUAAUCAUCCUAGUUGGAAUUCUUUUUUAUUGGACUUAAAGCUUUGGAUAAACUUGAGGUCCUGUAACGCAUCUCGGACGCGACUCUGCAACUGUUUCCAGUAUGAGUCACACCUCUUAUCUUAUCACAUCUUUCAUUCAAUGUCAGGAUUGCCAAAUGAAGGACUAGAAUUGUAAUGUUUGUUCUUAUUUGCUAAUCAAGAUGUAACGCUUGCUAAGACAAAUCUCUUUCCUUGGUUUUCUGUAGCUGCCACUUCACCGAUCCUUUUUAGAUCUCCUUCACUAGUAAGAUCGCCAUCACCCGAACAGGGGAAAUCGCCGAGACCGCCAUCACAAGCAAGGUGAGAGAUUGAAGGGAACAAAGUAUAUGGGCCCGUUCCGACUGGAAAUUUGAAUGUAAUAUGACUGAGCUCUUGGUUGGUAGCAGUGAGGUUCCUUAACGCCUUCUUGGCAUCGUAAUGUACAGUUGACGACUCGCGUAGAAGGAUGGUGUUUUGUUGCAUCCACGGGCUUUCCUUGUUUUCAGACAGUCCCCAGAUAGUCAAAAUGGGAACCCACCCACACUCCUUCGGGGGUUCAGUUCUGAUUGGCUGUCGUAAUUACUUUGGUUUUAAUUUGGUGUUAGGAUACUCAAUCAAAUUUCCCUUAAUUUAUGAUUGUUUGUUUGUCUGUUUGUUUGCUUUUUCAACAUUAGCAGUGUCAAUCGUUUCAUUUUAUAUGUUCUAGUAUUUGAUUAUCGUGAAGAAAUAUAGAGGUGCAUGCACGUGGGUUAUACAUGCAAGUGCAUGCAUGCACAUGGGUUAUGCGAAGCCAAAUUCAAAUUAAAAAAUCGGCAAGGGGUAUUCUUCCUUUCAUCACAAACUUCUAAGAUCGUAGAUGAUGUUCGGAACUUCAGCUUUUCCCAAAAGUUACUCGUACUUAUUCAUUAGUUAAUGCUCAAUCAAGCGUUUUAUUGGAUCGUCGACACAAUUUAUGACUUUCUUUAGAACCAGGUUUUUCUUUCAUGAACACGCUGUUAAUUCUUUGCACACCAUUUGUUGUGUGCGAACUUUUUCCCGAGGCCGCUUCAGUUUUUAAUGUAAUCUUAUUCAAUCCUUCAGACCACAAUCUCAGGCUCGGAAAUCAAGACCCCGCAUCCCUAACUUACCGGAGUGGGGUAAAGAUUUACCCGAGGAUGUAAGUGUUGAAUACCUUUGUUAGACGUGAUGUUCAAAUUUGUGUGCUUAUUUGUUUGAUAGCUCUGAAGAAUGACUGUCACUUAUAUCAAGGCCUCCUGGUUGUCUAACUGAUGGUGGUGGUUAUAGAAAUAAUACUUUACAUAGAACAACAUUCAAUAUAAUUGGCAAUGUCUUCCUCGUUUUUAUUGCCACAGUUGUUGUUAUUUUAGUUGUCUUGGUCAUCGUUGUUGUUGUUAUCAUUGGUCUUCUUUGUACCAUCGGUGAUGACCGAUCGCUGUCUAAUGCGAAGUAGAACUUCAGAAAACCAACUUUGGUUGCCUCUAAUAGUCACAGGCUUCCCGUUUUCUUAAAAUUCUUAGAUUUAUGUACAUAUGAAAAAUCAUUGCAGUAUAGAACCUCCAUGAUAAGUUUAUAUUUACUGUAUUAGAAUAAGUUUGAAACUUUUCAUUUCGUAAACGAAACUGAAAUGUGACUUGCGAGCUAAAUGUUUAGUGUUAAACUGUAAGUUUUCUCUUUUACUCAAGUGUUUGAUCAUUGCACUAUCUUCCUUGUUUCAGUUCCUGGUUCGGCUUCAUUUAUUCAAUGAAAACAGUUCCAAAUACCAUCAAGAACUGACUGACAAAACACGCAGAGCAGUGAGUUUUUACAUUAGUACAAGUCAUGCACAAUAUGUAUUAUAAAAAUAUUCACCUGAGUGACGAAAGGAUGGCAUUGAAGAUAUAAUAAAGUUCACAUGGCAACCAGGUGGACAAUCAGACAUGGUUUGAUGCCACUCUGGUUUAAAGAUUUAAUGAAUAUAACCGAGAAGUUACAAUUCAUAGACCUAACGUUUCGACGCUCCUGUCUAGUGCCUUCAUCACCCCUGAUGCUAUGGGAAUGGUCCUGAAAUCUCGCGCUACCUUCUCAACUAGUCACUCACGUUUUCCCACGCGUCAAAAACGUUUCAUGUUUUUUACUUCGAGUUCUCAUUGGCUGCCCUCGGAGAUUUCCUUGCAUCUGAUUGGUCCUUUGUGACUGAUUUGAUUUUGGUUUUACGACACUCCUGAUUGAACAGCGCUCCAACACCAAUCGCGACAUGAUCAUCCUCACCCUGUGUCCUCUUUGGCUCCGUAUGAUGUGUUCCUUCUCUUCGUCGGGUGUUUUCGUCUAAUAGCACUCAAUCGAAAAGUACUCUAAGUACAAAUACAUGUGCACUUAAGACUUUAUAUGGAAACAACUGUAUUUUUUAAUCCGCGCUAACUAGCACUCGCCGUCUUGUUUUACGGUUCUUUUCCUGUAGAUACAAGAACGGUAUGAACUACAAAUGGCUGUACAAAACAGACUGUCUCACGCUGAAGAAGAAAAGGAAGAUACCGGUUUGUUAUUUUCUUUGUUUCGUUUUCCUUUCCAUUUUUAUUUUGCCCUGUUAGCUUUUAUUUGUUACUUUGUUUAAAAAAGGUAAUUCAAUCUUGUUAUGAUGUGAUCUUCUUCUGUAUUAGACAUCUGUCUCCCUGCUGUAUUUAUGCCAACACGCACUGGUCACGUGUUCUCGCCUAAGGCCCACUCGUAUUUUCACCCACCAGGUAAGAGCAUUGUUAAUGAUCAAAAGGGUUGGUACUUGAGGCACUUAAAUUUUGGAUAAAAUCUCCUUGUGGCAAAAUCUCCUAGGGAUCCCUCAAUUUAAGUCUUUGGGGUAUUUUUGUUGAAAACUAUUAUUAUAUAAUUGUAGUUUAGUAUUUAAAAACUACUUCGUUACCUUCUUGGUUUAAACUUUCCACGAUGUGGUGUCUUGAAAAUUAAUUUUUGACAAGUCUUUGCACACUCUACGUGCUGAAAACACGAAUCCGUAGUCAUAAAAACUCAGACACUUUACUCUUAAAUUAGUUCCACUUAAUUGUUAAAUUACAACUUUAGCUGGAAAAAAGGUUGUUAAUAUUUCUUUUUAAUAUUUCUUACUUCUGGACGUAUGUGUUUCGUUCCUUCUUUCAUAUUUUGAUGACAUGGGAUAUGACCCAGUCAUUAUUUUUCUUCAUUUUUCCAUAGGUUCAUCUGAGGGCCGACUUACGCAACCGCCUUCUAUGUUUAAGCUGCCGUCUGUGCCAUCAGAAGCUGUAUCCUCUAGCAAAGAGUUUACUGAGAUCACUGUCUUCUCUAUCACUUGUUACCUUAACUCUUUACCUCCCAAUGUCUAAUUGUUAAUUCUCCCCUCUGGCUGCUAUACAUUCCCUUGUAAAUUGGAUACAAGAAUUUGGUGUUAGUUGAAGGUAACAACUGUUACCCGAUAAGUAUGAGUAUUCUCCUUACCUGUUUGCUCGAUAAUGUAUGGAUAUUACAGGGAUAAGUUAAUUGUUUAUCACUUCUGGGAGUUAAAGUGUUAACUAAGACAUAUACCAUACAACAAAUCAAGGAGAUGGGACACAGUCAUUAAACUGUAGCGCAACAUGACAUGAACGGCAUUCACAAAUUAGCUGUUGCGAACCAAAACAGGGUAGCUUACGUUGGUCCUUCCACCUUAGUAAGCUCAAAAUGCUCACAAUUCCCAGUUCUUAGCAUUUUAAAUUGAGGAAAAUUGACAAAUCAACCGAAACGCCUUUCUUAGAUAAUUUUAAGUCAAAGCCCAAGUCUCUCAUGACAUCCUCUAGAGUACGCAUGUGGAAAACCCAACCUCGAGCGAGGUAUCAACAAUCACGGCAUCGGUUCAUGAAAAGGUCUCUACCCUUGCCUUCCGGUCUUGAACGGAAAGAAGAAAUGUAACCGCCCCUCCGUAACAUUUCUACUUCUUCAAUUUAAAACGGGUAGCCAAGUUAACGGUCAUAAAUGGUUCUUGUUUGAUAUAAUUUGAAACUUUCGUAACGUGCCAUGUGCUUUCUUUCCUUGACUGUGUUUAGCAAGUGUCAAUUCUUAAUCUCUUCGAGCUCAGCAAAAGAUACAACCAAGCAGGACACUCGUGGUAUACGCAUGAUCAUGAUCAUGAUCAAGCAAGGCCGCACACCAUAGCCAACCCGGAACAGUCACAAGCAGCCCCACCCCCACCCACUGCUUGUGACAUGUGGUCGCCUCCUCCUUACCAGGGUAGGGCACGAACAAGAUAGCGCUGGCGGGAAUACGAUACGAUGUGGUGAGGUACACGGAAGAAAUAGUGCGAGUUUCUCGCCUUACGUAGUGUGGUUCAUUGACAACUUGUUGUAGAGUUGUUCUCUUUCCGCUUUAGACUAGCAAUUAAUACUAUGAUGCGGUGGGUCUUUUCUUAACAAGACAGGCAAAAUUAUUUUUGAAAUUAAUACCGGUUUAAAAACGUAUUUACGAUAUUUUGUACUUAUGGACAGAGUAGCAGGGAAAACAGGAAAAAAUUGGGUUCGAGGUCUGUACUUCAUACCAAGGGCCCAAUAUUUUCGGUUGGGCUCGAGCUACCUUAGUCGAUAAGCAUUUUAUUCUAUGACUUCCGUUCUUCCUCUUUUGUGCUUCCUUCAUCAUCGGCUUUUCCCGUUUAUACUCGCACCAUCGCGUAUGUUAUUCGUUAAGAGUGCGCAGGACCAUACGUGUCCGAUGAUAAUAAUGAUGAAAAUCAGUAAAUUACGUUUCGAGGUUCUGAACAUCAACAAAGCUUUUUUUAAUUCCUGUAAAUAUUUCUUAUUAAUACUGUAAAUUUGUUCAAAUUAUAUGGAGGAUAUCAGAUGGCCGCGUAUGGAUACGAAUUUUAUCAACACGAGAAGAUAAAUUCGUAUCCACAAGUGGAAAUAUAAUUAUCUGUUUGAUAUUACAUAUUAUUAAAUAGCAUUUUUGGAUCGAUUCUUUCAAAUAUUUUGAUAGCACCAAAUGCAGAGAUCUGCACGUUUACUUAACUCUCGGAAAAGCUAGUUUAUCGUCUGAAAUAACAAUAAAACAAGGUCUCAUAUUAUACAAAUGUUUUCCAUCAACCGUAGUAUUGUUGGUAAAUGAGAGGAGAUAAAAAAAGCUCCGACUUGUAAAGUAAAACCAACAUGUUGGUCAACUUGAUUACUCGAAGACGUUGUUAUCUUCGCGUGUUAAGAUAUAGGUGAAAUGAUCUUUGCACGCGGAGAUGUCGUGUUUUCGAGAGGCGUAGAUAUUUUGUUGUUUCAUCAAUGUCUGUAAAAUAACAAAUUUUUAAAAUGCUACGUUUUGUGAAAUGUUAAUGUUAACUCAACUGUUUUAUAUCAGUUUUGGUGGCGAGGUUUCGAAGCGUAAUUUUCCUAAAAUUACAAAACCAGGCCCUUGUGCCACCGUCAACUUGAAGAGAGGGACAAUUGUUUUUUUUUCAAAUGUUCGAAAGUUUAUUCUUGGUUACCAAUUAUCAAUUUGCGAAGGCUUGUUUGAAAUACAUGAAUUUA